CCGCCCUUCUUCCUUGUUCGUAGUGCAGGGCCACUCACUGGGCUCUGUCAGUUUUCAAGCUGAGCAGGACUGUGGAUAUUACAUACCCUCCACGGCAGCGUGAUUUUGCUCUGGCUCGGCUGAAGUUUUCCCACAGAUAAGAGGGAAAGGGGUGGGGAAGGAAGAUUGCUCUGAGGACACCUCUCUCUUGCGGGACAUGGAGAACAGGCCAACGGAGACCAAUUCAGAGGUGGACAAAUCAGGAUCGCCCUCAGUGGCUCAGCUAGCAGGGAAAUUCAAAGAGCAAGCAGCCAGUAUCACUGGAAAAGAGGUGCCACCACAUAAGCCAACUCGGAGGAAACCGCCAUGCUCCCUUCCACUGUAUUCCAACAAAACUGAGACAAGCCAGAACAAUGGGCAAAAGCCAUCUCCAAAUGCUUGUCCCAUUCCCAAGGUCAAGGUGAAAAGCUCCCCCAUGAUUGAAAAGCUACAGGCCAAUCUGGCUUUUGCGCCAGCAGCUCUGCUGCCGGGAGCAUCUCCCAAAAGCCCUGGUCUGAAAGUCAUGGUUUCUCCGUUCAGCACCCCUCCCUCAACGCCCAGCAGCCCAGGGAUCCAGCCACAGUCCAGUGAAGCAAGUGAGACGCCCGUCAGCUUUGAUAAACCCCCAGAAGGCACCCAGCUGCAAUUCUAUAACAAGGUGCGGACACGGGGAUCAAUAAAGCGUAGGCCUCCCUCCAGGAAGUUCCGAAGAUCUCUGUCUGACUAUGGAGAUGGGGAAGAUUUAGGGAACUUCAUUCCCUCUCCAGAAAAUGGUACUAAGGAAGAUGGGGAUGAGGUAUUUGGGCAUCAGGGCAAGACAGAGGAAGCAGAAACAGGGAACAAAGAAAUAAAGAAACAGACGGUGCCUGAUGAGAAGCCCCCAUCGAGGAGAGGAUCCAGCAGAUCAGAUAAUGAAGAAAAAGAGGAAAAGCAGGCGGAAAAAGUGACUCCUUGCAAGAGUAAUGCAGGAGAUACAGAAAAAGAGGAGGAGGAGGUGUGUUGUGGUGCUCCAGGAGAGAACUCACCCCAGUCACCCUCUGAAGACAAGGAAGAUAAGGUGUGUGAGGCUUCUCAGGAAACAGAGGAGGAAGGUGGUGCCUGUGAACAGGAGAAGGAAGAGAAAGAGAAGGAAGAAGCUGAAGAAAAGGAGACCAGUGAGAGCACGGUCACACAAAGAACGUCAGAUGCUGAGGAAACACCAGUGGCACCUCAACCUCAGCAAGAGGCAGUGGGUUCAGAGACUGCCAGUGAGCCUUUAACAUCACCCGUGCAGGACCAGGGCACAGAGUAGCCGUGAGGCACAUUAGGACAUACCCACCCAGGAUACAGGAGAUGAUGUGUGAAUAGGAGACAUCUAACUUAAUCAAGGUGGAAGCUGCUGGAAAACCUUCCGUGGCAGGAGAGGAGCAGAGUACAGAUAUCCCCCGAGGACCAGACUGAUCCCAGAGCUGAGUGGCUGUUCUCUGGCUCUCUGCUUUGCACCAUCAUAUUUUGUGACAGUCAGAACAAGACACCGCCUUACAAUCACUUGGGAGUACAAAACUGAGGUGUUGGCUGACAUCCCAAGGUGGUAACUGGAGACUGAGAGACCUGCUUGCUAUGUGCUGUCCUGGACCUGGCAGCCACCACCACUCCUGGGCCCUCUGCUCCUUAUUCCUGCUGAACUCAAAUGUCACUUUAUUCUCCCCUGCGUUGGUCUUAGGUGAAGUUCAUCAGUUACAUACAUAUGUCUAUGGUGCCUUUUCAGUAGCUUCUUUUGAAAUAUCUCGGGUUUUCAACUUUCAGUAAAUAAUGUUUUGAUUGUAGGAAGAAAGAGUGUAUUUUCUCCAUGUACGUUAAUGCAGACAAUGUGAAUCCUGAGUAUGGGAAAAUCUCUUAGGAAAACGUUCAUAAAACAUAAAAUGCCUUUGAAGUGGGGGCUGAGCUGGCUGAGCUGUGAGAGCACUGAGAGUUUAUCAGUUGAGAGCCAGCCACGUUGGCCCUGGUACACAAUACAGAAGGGGCUUGUUGGAAAACAGGACCCCCACAUCCUUUCUAGCCAUGUUGCAGAGUAUUGUGGCCUUUGGACCUAUUUGAACGUGUUUAUUAAAGCUUGUAUUCCAGGGCAGGCUGCAAUCAUUUGCUGUAUCCUGUUUCCUCUCUCAGCAGCGUCCCACCUGUGAGCGUCUGUGCCUGACUGUAUGUAUCAAUUCAAGCGUGCCUGUUCAGAGAAUGAGCAUGUGUGUCCCGAGCAAGGGAGUGCAAAUCUGAGGGAGAAACAGAUGAAAUAAACGGUGGUAUUAAAACCAAAA